GGCCAGAAUGGGAAUACCUUCGCUUCUUCUCCCUGGAACUUCCAUCGGAUGGAGUCCACGCCCCCUCGAACCUCGUCUUUCGGCGUGGGUGCGUCAACCAAGGCGUCAGUGGCCAGGUUUUCAAACCGCUGGUAGUCACCGCGCUCGUUGAGCCCAGAGGUAACCAUCUCCAUGCAGCCAUCAGGAUUGCCGGAGGCCGAUAUUGGAAAUAAGGGUUCAAGCCGACCAUCAGAGGCGGUGAUACUGCUGCGAGGUGACGCGAGAGCAGGGUCGCUAACAUCACAUAGCUGGAUGUCGUUGUCGCUGUUCUCGGCAAUAGCAGCUGGUUCUCUUGGCUCACCGUGUUCUCGGCGGCGUUGCAGAACAACUCGAACCGAUCAAUUGGAGAUGACAGGGACGGAGGCCGGGAUUGCCGCAGACAGGGUGACCGGGCUGGUGUGCCAUCUGUACCAGCGUCCGUAUUUGAGUUCUCGUCCAGGGAUAGUUGGUGGUUCUCUUGUGGUAAACAUUUUGCUUCCUGUGUCACGUAAAGCUCCGAGCCAUCGUCAUCCCAUUCCCCAUUCAAUUCUUCCCUGCCCUGACGCUGCCGCGGACGGCCUCGAUACACCAAUUACUGCUGGAUUUCUCACCCUCACUGCUACUCGAGUCCCCGCCUUCACUGCGAUCUCCGUUGGUAUUGCCGUCGUUGCCGUUAUUCAGCUCAAUACUGGAGUUCUGUGGUUUAUUGCAUUUGUUGGAGAGCGGGCAGGGAAGGGAAAGAGGGAGGAAGUCCUCAUAGAGGGGCUCGCCAUAUAGGGUAGAGUGAUUUCCAGAGUGAGGCCAGUCCUGAUUAGGGCUGAAGUCCGGGCUACGGGGCACAUACGUCAGCCCUUGUUCGAUAUACCGGGAUGGAUCGGUAGUUCCCUUUCGGAGAUUGUCUGCGGCUGGAUA